AUGUUGUCUGCUCCCGUCAAGUCGGCGAAGCGCAUCUCCUCGCUCUUUUCGCUGGGGUCGCACAAGGACCAGAAUUCACCAUCUUCGUCCCCGGGCAUCUCACCAGGAUUCGCCAAUCCCUCGACAGACAACAUUCCAAACGACCGACGGCGACGAAGCCAGUCACGACCAACUCGCCACGUCUCAACACCCAAUGCGGUAUUCUCAGAACCUAGAACCGUGCCCAACCAUGGGACGCUGGAGCCGCUGGACUUGGAAAGCCUCCCUCCACCACCGUCGCUGUUGACCCUCAACAAUGAUCUAGCGAGCAGCGCACCCAGCUCCCCCGACGCUCGCCCCCAGAGCAGAGGCCGUGACUUCAGUCGCCCAUCGAGUUCGGCGGGAUUGGCGGUCCCGGGCGCAAACCCAGACUCCCGGCCAAGUACUCCGUCAAAACGUCGAAGCUGGAUGCCGGGGAUGGGGAUUCCGGGUCGGUCGCGAGCCAACUCGACGGAUAAGCGGCCAGUUCCGCAGCUGCCGGCGGCUUGGAUCGCGGGGCUGGAUCAAAAAAUUGUCUAUGAUCUUGGACCGCUGUCCAAAGGAGAACAGAUUCCCGAACUGUGGAACGAACAUGGUGACACAUUCGUCUACCUCUUCCCCCAAAACACUGGCCGGCCACCCUCUUUCAAGGUUGAUUCAACCAUCUUCGCUGAAUCUCCCUCCCUCACCUACCUCGCCCGUGGCACUGAUGCCAAAGCCAGCGGCCUCGAGCAACCAACUCGCAGCCUCUCACUCCAGAACCCAAUGUCUCCGCCGCUCACCCCGCAGGACAGGUUAGCGGAGAAUGACAACGACAGCUCGGGCAGUCAAAGAAUGGCUUUUGAAGAGGGCCCGGACGAAUUACAAGAACUGCAUCUGUACUUACCGAUCCCUCUCAACAGUGAUGUUUCUAGCCCUCAAGCGCGACUCCCCGCUGACGACACGGAAACUCUGCUCCUGUUCCGCAAUCUGUUUGCCUUCUUGCUCGGCCAAUCGUUGAUCGCAUCGCCCAAAUCCUCGUCCCUUUUCACUAUUUUCAUGGAUGUCGCGGUAUUGCUGGCACGGUUUGAAUUCUCGAACCUGGAUGGGUCGAACUUUGGUGAAACGGCUACCUCCAGCUUUAGCAACUAUUGUGAUGAGCUGCGCCUGGCGGAUAUGCGGAAGAGUCGCGAGAAGACCAUCGAAGCCAUUGUCCUCGGUGAGCGGCUGCGCUACUACCCGCUCUAUCUGGAGGGUUUCGUACACGGGGUUGGGAAGCUGGAUGAAAUCAAGCAACUGCGGAGCCAAAAAUACAGCUUCAUUCACCCGAUCACCCAAAAACGGCUGGAGCGUGGCUUCAUUGACCUUGAUACCCGCCUACGCGUUCUGUACGGCAAACUCGAGGACUUCGACUUCCCGUCGGUCUUCUCAGGUAUCGCCAAUUCGAACACCUCCCAGGAGAGUAAAGUCAUUCGGUUCAAGGCCUGGAAGACUGGUUUCCUCGAGUUCCGCCGCUUCACGAUGCAGUUCUACCGACAGAAGUAUGGUUCAUGGCCUCCGAGGGCCCGAUCCAAGAAGAAUGAAUUCGAAGAGAGCGGGCUGAAUCGACUUUUGUUGCUGGACCUGUACCACGACUUCACCGAUCUCUAUGACCUGCUGGUCGACCGCACGGCUCUGACCACUCGCACAAUCGACGCAUCGGGCGCGGGUGGUGAACCGCCGACAGGGUCGGAUCCCAAGGAAAUGUGCAUCCGCGCCCUACGCCAGAUCCUGAGCGAGUAUGACCGCAGUACCCCUCCCGUUCUUCCUCCCAUCCCCUUCGACGUUCCGCAGCUCCCGUCGCUGCAGCCAUUGCACCGGAAGCCAUUGGACGCGAAGAAGGAAACCAAGCAACGGACCAAGAGGCUUAAGAAUUCCGACAUCAAUGCGGUGUUGAUGGGAUCCUAUACCCGAGAGAGCAUGCGACCCACUGCGUUUAUUGAGAGCUUUAUGCAGUUUGAGCGACGCUGUGCUAGUGGGAAGAGUGUGGAGGAUAUCACAGACCUUCGAUGCGGCCAAUGGAUCUUCCUUUACGCGGUGAUUCAAGCCCUCCCCAUGCUUGUGGUCGACGUCCCCGAUGUACACUACACUGAUGCGGUGGAGUACUUCCUGUGCAUCGCCCCGCGUGGCGGUGCUCCCUGGAUCCACAAUGACACCAAAACGGCCCGCAGCUGGUUUGGAGUCGCCGGUGGUGCUGGUGUGGUCAGCUUGCCGUCUGAUGUGGUCAUCAACGGCGUCGAGGGUAUCUACCGGCGCAGCCAUUGUUGGCAGGUGGCCGAGCAGUGGGCCGAGGCUGGCGCACUCAUUGAGCCUCCGCCGGUGGAAGAUGCCUUCGAGGAGGAUGAGUCCUCCAUCUCAUCCCCUUACCAGGCCCAGCAGUCGUCUGCCGGGUCCUCGUCUGACCCACAGCCCCAGCCGACUCCGAUGAUGGUGCCUGGUGGUGGUCUGACUCCGCCUCCGCCGGCUAUUCCCCGUACACGUUCACCUGGCGCCCCACAGCGAGCUGAGCAUCGCCACUCCAUCUAUCCUGGGUUGGAAGCCUUGCCACUUCCUGCAGGCAUUGCCCCGAUUGAACCCCCGGCGCGUCCCAUUAGUCGCUUCAAUCCCAACAUGAGCUUCGACGACAUCCUGAAAGAGGUUCCCAAGAAGGGCAAGAAGCACUGA